AACUCCUCUGAGCCUAGCAGUGGGAGCUGGCAAUAUGUAUUGUGUGGUGAUUCUGCUGGAAGCACAAGCCAGUGUCAACAUUGUAGACAAGAACAAGCAUCCUCCUCUUUUUCGUGCCGUGGUGUCCGGUCAUAAGGAGGUGAUCGAGCUGAUAGUGGAGAAAGGUGGCAACCUGGUUUACCAAGAUGGCGCCGGCAAGACGGCCCUACACCUGGCGGCCGCCUGCGGGCACACGGCAGCCUGCGUCACGCUGCUGCAGGCCGCAACUGCGGCGCAACGGGCACUCCUACUCGCCGCACACGACUAUCACAACUGCACGCCGCUGCACUGGGCUUGCUACAACGGACACGAUGCGACAGUGCAAUACUUGUUGCUGUUCAGUGAGAUCAAAUCACUGGAAGGAAACGCCUUUUCGCCGGUUCAUUGUUCAGUGUACAAGAACUCAGUGCAGUGCCUGGAGCUGCUGGUCAACCGGUUCGGAUCGCAGGUGGUGGCGCUGAAGGACAAACAGCAACGCACCCCCCUCCACAUCGCCGCCCUCGUCAACAGUCUGCCCUGUGCACGCCUGUUGCUGCGACACCGUGCCUCGCUCGAGGCGUGCGACGCACAAGGACGCACGCCGCUCGUGUGUGCCGCGGCGCGCGGUCAUCAUCAUGUCAUCAGAGCUUUGCUGGAGAAGAAGGCGUCGGUGAGAGCGUGUGACGUAGCCGGCAACACAGCACUGCAUCACGCCUGCAACCAACCGACGCCCCAACACACGCAGUGCGCCCUGCUUCUGCUCGAGAACACAUUCGACGCCGCCAUUGUCAACAUGCCCAACAAACACAAGCGAAC